UUUUAAUUAGCUUCAAUCCCAAAGAAGCUCCCUAAACUACUACUACACACACCGAUCGGGCCAUCAUCCCCUCAGGUUGCUCUGCUCGACCAUCUCUGAUCCGGAAGGAAUCUGAUUCGAUUCGAGGCGGCGGCAGAAGGCGCUCUAUUGAUCGACUUGGUGAUGGUGGUGGUUUGUUCUUCGCUGGUUCGUGGCUUCUAGGUCGCCCAGCUGCCAUGGUUCCGUGAUGAUGAUAGGCGCGCAGUCAAACAGAUGCUCAAACAUGAUUGAGUCAUGCCAUCUCAAAUUCUAACACAUGUAAAAGAUGAUCAAGAAAAAAUGGGAAGGGAAUCCUACAGUUCAUGUCAGAAAGAUUUCAAUUCGCCAUCAAUCAUCUAUGUUAUCGAAUGGCAUGUACUCUCCCAAAGGAAUUAAAGCUGCCAAUUUGCAAGAGCAGGAGCAUAUAGAGACCAGAAAUCUCGCUGAUACAAGUGGCUCAGGUCGUCAUUCAUGUCUCGGUUCCAGUCCAGUACUAUCAGAACCUCAUCUGAAGCCAUGGCUCAGCAGCAAGGCACCUAGCAGUGAAGAGGAACAGGUGAAGUUCAUGCCAAUCAUUUCUCAGAAUGUGGACAAAGUCGAUAACAUUCAGGCUAAGGGUUUCAAAUCUGGCAUUGUCGAUUGGGGAUUGCUUGAGAGAUUGAAGUAUCAUCAAAAAUGUGCCGUUCAUUGGGGAACCAAGAGACCCAAAUCCAUCAAGAACAAGUCUUCUCCAGUGCUUUAUACAUUUAACACAUACACUCAACACACUGGAAGAAAAGCUCGUCCUCAAUCUGAAAGGUUUGGUUCUUUUGAUCACAAAGCAAAACAGAUAAGUGUAGAUGAUGAACAAUUGGACGAUUCAAAACGAGCUUCAACCAUAAGUCCUUUUGUUGCAGAUAGUCAGAAACACUACGAUGCUUGUUCAGACUUGAAAGCCACAUGUUCUGAAUUGUCAUUGCAGAUGGAUUUUGGAUCUUCAGUUUCAACCUCCAAUUUUCUUGUUCUUACUUCAGCUGGCACAUACAAUACCACAGAGAUUCAAGACACUAGCUUGCAACAUCCACAGGAGUCCCAAGAUUAUCCUCAUAAUCAAGGUUUAGCAGAUUGUUUGUGUCAACUACGUCAGAGCAACAACAUACAGAAUCAUCUACGUGAUAUUGCCGAGACAAGACGGAAUAGUUUCGAGUCAUAUUUUGAUGACACCAUUUUAAUGGAAGGAAAAAGUUGCAAAAUUUCAAUUGGCCAUGUUGUGGAUGAUAAAGUCAUUGAUGAAUCUCCUCGCCUUUCCAACUCUUGUCUUUUCCCUUGCGUCAGUCUAAUCAAAGCAUCUAAUACUUUGCGAGCUGAGACUGUGAUAUCCACUGAAAAAUCAAAACACCAAAUCAGGAACCAGAAGCAAAUUUCUCAAAAUAGUCUCCAGCAAUUUUUAAUCCUUGCAGCUAAAGAAGAAAGAAAUUCAUCUGUCUGUCAGUCAAAUGUUAGGCCAAAGUGGAUGAAGCGAAGUGCAAGUUUAAAGGACGGUUCUUCAACAUUCGGGCUUGGAACAGCAGAUAACAAUAAAGAAAUAUCAAGUUAUAAGGUGAGGCAGAGUCCAUUGAGGAUGGUAUUUAACUCUUUGCUGAUACCAAAGAACACUGUGCAUCUUUCUGGGCCAAUUUCCUCUUCACCUUCUCAAAGUUCUUUUACAUAUAAAAAUGGUACAUAUCUGAUCUCUAAAAAGACAGCAGAUACUUCAAACGAUGAAUCCUAUAGAAAACAAGGGUUUCUUCACAAUGACAAUCAUGAUGCUAAAAUUUGGAAGGCUAUUCUUCAAGUUUCCUGGAAACAUGGAGUGCCUUUGUUUAUGUUCUCAUCCUCAGAUGGUGGUAUUCUUGCAGCAACAAUAACAAGGCAAAAUGGCUUGCACAAGCAUGAUUUUGAGUGUGCUUAUUCAAUAUUUUGCCUUCAUGAAAUUAAGAAGAUUGAUGCCUUGGCUAACACCGGGAAAAGAAGUAAUAAGCAAUGGUUGGUUUCUGAUGUCAUUGGCAGGAUGAAUGUUUCAAGAACAAAAAAUCAUGAUCCCCAAAAUCAUUAUUUCACAAGAGAGUUUGUGUUGCUCGGUACUGAGCCAACACCAUCUCAAGGACCUGAUGCCUUUUCACUUAACUCUGAGCUCGCUGCCAUUAUUGUCAAGGUUCCUGAAGAAAUGCUAGAAAGUUGUGAUCAUUCUUUGCCGCGCAUCAGCUACUUCAAUGAUUCACCAGUAAGUAUAAGCCAUGAAGAGGAGAGUAGUAACUCAGACCUAUGCAAUAUGGUAAUCCUACUUCCAAGUGGAAUUCAUGGUUCAUCAAUCGAUAGCAAACCUCCACCAUUGAUCCAGAGAUGGAGAUCAGGAGGAAAAUGCGACUGUGGAGGCUGGGAUGAGGGUUGCAGCCUAACUGUUCUAAGCAACAAGUUCCAUGGGUGCAGCAGCUCAACACUGAGUAAUAUGGGUAGACUUAAGCUGUUUCUUCAGGCUGGAUCACAAACAAAUACUCAUGCCUUCCACAUGGUUUCUUCCGAAGAUGGGCUGUACACAGUUAACUUCGUGACGUCCAUUUCCUGUGUUCAAGCUUUUGCAAUUGGUCUAGCAACCCUGCACUGUUGGCACCCUUCCAUUCAUUCUUGUGAGCCAAAAGAACUGCCACUGCAAGAUAAAGGAUCUCCCCACUGUAAGUGAGUAAGGAAACAUGCUUUGACAUAUUUUCUCAUCCUGAUUGAGUUUGCUAUUUCAUGAUGAUGGUCAAAUGGAUUAGCCACUAUUUGUACAUGAUGUACCAUAGUUUGGUUAGGUGUGUGUACAGAUGAGUAAAGAAGUUGAUCAAAAGUAAAGAUAUUACGUUCCAUCUUCA